AGAUACCUACAGCCCCGUCAUUGAGGAGUUUUCGAGCGGGAAGUAUUCGAUAGUUUAUCACGGCCUGGUGGACUGCGGCCAACAGUACCAGCCCAUGACAUCAUUUAAAAUUAUCUAAGCGAAAAUACUGAAAGAGAGAGAUGAAUGUUCCAUCAUUGACCGACCUGUCUAUCAAAAAAAUCUGUGAAACAACAGUAUCAGCAUCAUAUUUCAUCGAGCAGUCCCCCUUGCCGUGGACAUUAACAAAAAUAAUAUUAAAAAAAUUUCCUUUAUAUAAAUGGGAAACGAUGAUAAGCAGUGCUAAAAAUGAUCCUAUUCCUUCAUAUAAAGGAAUAGAAUUUAUUGCUUGCUCUAAACACAUACCGUCACAUUUAAGAAAUGUCGUAUUAGGAAAGUCAGAUUGGGGGAGUAUAUUUGAAGAUGAACACUCCAGUUAUUGUGUAUGGGCUAAUGGAUAUUAUCUUAAGCAGCAUCGCCUAAACGUAUGUAAAUCAUGUUUUUUUGCAUUCAAAAAUGCUCAUGAGACCUUAAAUAAAUUUUUACUGGUGCGUUACGACCAUACUCACGAAGUUUAUGAUGCUGAUGAUAUCGUUGAAUGCGUAUAUCAGCAACCAUAUUAUUGGUGCAAUAGUUGCUUUACUCAAGUUUUAUUCGAUUUAAAAGAUUACGAGUCUUGCGUUAAUGCAUUACAUGAAAUGCCUAGAAAUAACAGGUUUGAUGAUUCUGAACCAGAAGUCUGAAGUAGGCAGUAAUAUUGAUUCUUUUUUAAGGAACAAACUGCUACUCAACACUCCAUUCGGUCAUAUAGCCAUAACGUCUAUAGUAUAGAACAAACAAAAAUUGCGCUAAGUCCUUAUGACGAUAAAAGAUAUUUAAUUCCAAAUAGUUUUAGAACCCUACCAUUGGGACAUUACAGUAUUUUAGAAUAGAUUUUUAUUGCAGAAGAACGUUGAAAUGUCUCACAGAUGUGUUACACCAGACCUAUGGACUCCCGCUAAUCUGCAACAAAUAGCAGCCAAUAAAAUUUAUUGGGAUGUAGUUGAUGCUAAUACAAAGACAUUUACGCUUCCAAGUGGAGAGCAACAUCCUCUCCCUCAAGAUGUGAUUGGUAUUGAACGAUGGUACAGCAAGCAAGGAUGUACCGCGAAUUUUAAGAUUCCCAAGCAAAUACGAUUCAGUUUAAACGUAAAUUGUAUAAGAGAAUUAAAACUACAAAUUGUGAAGAACUGUGAAAAAGUGAUGUCAUGCGGGUGUCGAAGAUGCGGGGCUCCCUAUGGAUUCCCCCCAAUUUACAAAAAAUAGCGAAUACAAUCCUAAGUAAAUUGUCUAAGAGAAUUAAAACUACAAAUUGCAAAUAUUUAAAAAUUGAUUUUUGAGACGAAUUAUGUUCAUAAGCUACUAUCUCUCUUUUGUACUAAACGCAUAACAAUAUCCACUUGCUAUCUCUCUCUUUCUUGUAUAUAUAUUGUAAAAUAGUGUGUAAUAUAUAUAUUAUGGUAAAAUAAAAACUCUAAAUUGGUA